CUAACAAAUUCACUAAAGUUCUUCUAAUUAACUGUAUAACAAUACAUGAUAAUAGUCUUAUAAUGUUUUUUACCUCUUUUAUUUUUUUAUUUUUUUUUGAAUAAAUACAAUAAAAAUAUUAAAUACUAUUUUCAAUCUAAUUUAUAAUGUUGUACUUAGAAGAUUAUCUCGAAAAUAUCGAGCACUUGCCACAAGAGAUGAGAAACCGCUUUACAAAAAUGAGAGAAAUGGACUUACAAGUAGAAAAUUCUAUGGAUUGCAUAAAAAAAAAUGUGGAUACUUUGUUUUUAAAAGCAGACAAUAUGAAUCCAGAAGAAUUGGAAACUAAUUUUAAAGCAAUCAUGAAAGAAGGAGAAAAAUCUGUAGAACAGUCUGAGGAAAAAGUUCAAUUAGCUAACCACAUGCAUGAACUUAUGUCAAAAUAUUUGAGACGAUUAGAUCAUGAGUUACACAAAUUUAAAAUGGAACUAGAAGCUGAUAAUAGUGGUAUCACUGGACUAAUUGAAAAAAGAAGUUUGGAUUCAGAACAAAGUAAUAUUAGUAUUCCAAAUCAAAAAGAAAAUAAGUAUCAAUUGAAUAGGUGUCUUUUUAAUGAUAAACAAGAACCAUUAAAUCAUGUUAGUACUUCCAAACAAAAAUCAACAUCAAUAGCUUCAAAUUCUACUAGUAGUGAUGUAGCAUCACCUUCACGCCGUGAUACAAGUCCUGCAAACUCUCGAAUGGUACCAUCUUCAUUAUCAUACACAUUGGGACAUAUGGGAGCUGGAAGUCCUGCAAUUGCAGCAGCUGCAUCCCAAGCUAUUGUUGCUACUCAACAAUUGUCUCAAGGUCGUAGAACAGCUAGUUUAAAAGCAUCUCUAGAAGCAAUUAAUUCUGGAGCUAACUUGACAGGUCAAAUGAGCUCUACUUCAGGUGUUCUACCAUCGGAAUUGCCUAUUAGUAAAGAAUUAGCAGGUGUUGCACAUUUAGUCAAUCCUAAUAUGGAUGGAACUAGGAAACAUAGAAGGCGAGGAGGUACUCAAAAUUCACAGUUGUCCACUGAAGAAGAUAUGGAUGAACCAAUUGAUCCCAAUGAACCUCGUUAUUGUAUAUGCAAUCAAGUUGCCUAUGGUACAAUGGUUGCUUGUGAUAACAAAGGGUGUCCAUAUGAAUGGUAUCAUUGUGAAUGUGUUGGUAUAACAGAUCCACCAAAAGGCAAAUGGUAUUGCCCUCAAUGUAUUACAACAAUGAAGAGUCGUAGAUCACGAAAAACCACAUGA